CUCAAAGCACUCCCACUUCACCUCUGAGUAACUCGCCUCCACUUCCUACAUACACCUCAUUCCACAAGAUCCACUCGACCAACAACAACAACAACAACAACAAUGUCUGGACUCUGGACCAAGCCUCAAGCAUCCGAAGCCGCCACCAUUGACACAAUGCGAAAGGGUCUUGCAACAGGCACCUGGCUCCAGCUUUCACCACAAACCGAGCAACCUCAAGCCAAGUGGUUGUCUCUGUCGCCCAAGAGCAACGCAGGGCCAGCUGUCGCAGCUGAGGAAGCCAGCCAAGUUACAGAGGAGCUGUCACUGGACAACGACCGCUUUCUCAGCAACCACGACUCUGGCUCCCGCUCAUCAUCGGUCAGCAGCGUCAAGUCAAUCAGCACUAAGGCACAAGUCUUCCGACCAGUCCCUUCCACCUGCGAGCGCGAGGUCAUCGGCCUGGCUCGCUUCCGCGCAGAGUGAACAUUUUUCUUACGGAAACGACACUAUGUUCUUUCUUCCACCACGAGCCAUUGAUGACUCUCAUACUGCAACUGCCUUGACCUCUGCCUGCAACCACGAUCGGCGCAUCACGAAAAGACACCCUGUCUGCGGACAGCGCUAGUACUGCGACAAGCCAAAACAACCGCUUCAAACAUCACUCCGCCCAGCAAUUUCCACACAUGACCAAGAGCACGGGCAACUCUUGUGAUGACCAUUUCCUUCUUUCUCUAUCAAGCCAGACAUCGACUUGUGGGCCACGACGGAGAGUUGAAAUAAUUCUCUAGCAAGCUCGAAAGCAUGACUGACUGGACUGGACAACUUUGUACUUUCAUUAGAUACGUACGACAUGAAAAAAGAAACAUCGUCUUUUAC